UCUGCUUCACGAAUCAGGCGAGUAAUCAGUAAUCGCCCUCGCAAAGUCGUCUGCGUAACAGGAAGUUCCGUACUUGUUCGAGAGUAAUUCCAUUCGCUUAUCUGCUGUGUCCAGUUACCAAAGUCAGUCAGUGUAAAAAACGAUCAAGAAAUCUGUGCUGCAGAUAUUCGAUAAUAUAAUCUCACUUUUUGUUUCCAAAUACUAUCGGAACCUAUUUUAUCUAAAUAUAGAAUUUACAGAGUUGCUAUCGUUGGAAAUUUUAAUCUGAGGUUAAGGCAUAUACAGUUCACAUAUGAGCUGCAUUUGUAUUUGAUACUACUAGAAGAUCGACAUUUUGAAGCAAGUCCAGUGUUCAGUCUCAAAAAUUAUCAGUGUUACGACACGAUAUUUAAUUUCCUCCGCUUUGGCAGCAUAAUUUUCUAAACGCUGAAUUAUGGCGAUGAAAACUAAAAGCGAUGGAAUGGAUCGCAAAGACGAAAUCAAAAUAUGCAAAGACUGUAAAAUUUCUUUUCCUGAUAUUUAUGCUUAUACUGAACAUUUAGAGAGUAGGGAGCAUACUAAAGUUGUUAUGAAGCAAAAAUACGGAAAAAAGUACCUUGAAGCUAAAACUAAACUGGAUGAAAAGAAAUUGGCGAAGACAUUUGAAACUCCUGACGAAAUGUUACACACUGCUGUUAAGAAUUUGCAACCCGUCGAGGAAGUGCCAAAAGUUGUUGAAAAUAUUAAAAGUUCAGGUAGUUCCAGUGACAAAGACAUCUCUAUCAGUGACGACGACAACGAUGACGCUGAAGUUUACACAUGUGAAAUAUGUGAAAAGAUAUGCACAGGUUUUGUGACGUACCAGCUUCACUUGCAGGGUAAGAAACACCAAAAAACUGUGAAGAAAAUUACACUUCUUAAAGAAAUGAAAAAGCAAAAAUUGUUACCUGAACCCAACAAUGUGCCAGAAGAGGAAACUUUAUUAGAUCGACUGUUUCCCCAGAAAAGGGAUAUUUCUUCUAAAUUAGAGUGCAAAGUAUGCAAGAAGAAGUGCUCGGGUCCAGAAGCAUACAAGAUGCACUGCAAAAGUGAAUCUCAUCAAAAAAAAGUUGCUAUGGAAGAAUUAUUGAAAGGUAUGGAAAUAGAAGGUCUGUCUCUUGCAAAAGAUCAUGAAAUUGAUGGAGCAACAUUUGCACACUGUGACAUAUGUAAUAAAGAAUUCUCUGGUCCAGUACCAUAUAUGCAGCAUAUAAAGAGCAUUUCUCAUGUAAAACAAGAGUUACGUAAGGAUCAACUCGGUAAAAUUCAAAAUCUCAUUAUUAGCAAGGAAGAAGAUUCAAAGUUCAAGUGCAAAGAAUGUGGUAAGAUGUUUAGUGGACCUAUUCCUUUUAAUAAUCAUUUAAAAAGCUCGGCCCACGGUAAGAAGAUAAAAAAGAGUGCAUUAAUUGACAAUCUAGAAAAAAAGCAUCCUGAAUUGGUAAAGACCCUUAUAGCGGAAAAUUCCAAUGGUAGCGAUGAAGAUGAUGGAAUUCAACUUGGGUGUAAAAUUUGCCGUGUGGUUUUUAGCGGUCCAGAAGCAGCAAACGACCAUUUCACAUCUAAUAAGCAUAAGAAAGCCAAGCAGAAAAAGACAAUGUUUAAAAAGUUCCAGCAACAACAAAAGGCUGGAAAAUUAUCUGAAAUCUCUGGGGUUGGAAAAAAAGGAACGAAAUCCGACUCGGAGGAUAGCUCAGAUUUUGAAGAAGAAUUCGAUAUUAUAAACGAAUCAUAAAAUUAUUUUUAGCAUUGUUUAUUGGCCUUUAUUAAUUUAUUAACAGUCGAUAAUUCUUACAUUUAGAUAGGAAUUCAAUAUCUUAAAAAUCUGCUGAAAUAUAAUAGAUUUUUAUCAACGUUAAAACGAUAGUAGUUCAAAUAAAUUCACAUAUUUUUAUCUUUAUUAUUUUUAAUCUUCUCUUAUUUAUUUAUAUUAAUAAAUGUAUUUUGAUUGCCACCAGUGUAUAUGUUCUGAUUUAUAUUAUAUACGUUCUCUUUAUAUAUAUAUAUAUAUAUAUAAUCUUUUGCUGCAUAGGCAAAUUUAAUAAUGGAAUGAGUUAUUUCAGUGAGUAAAAACAUAUCACAUAUAAAAGCAUUAAGGAAUUCUAGAAUAAUGUUUUAUUCAAACUUUAUUUAGUUCCUAAAUAAUUUUGUACAUGACAUUUGAGGGUAUGCUAUUUAUUUUCUCUGCAUAGAAUUUCAGAUUAUGAAUAAUAAAAAUUAAAUUGCGUAUUUGCAACUAUUUUAAAUCAAAUUUAAAUAUUGCCAUUCAAUAAGGAGUUCAAUAAGGAGCUCGUGUGUUAACAUGCUGUAUUUCUAUAUAUUUCUGAAUAUAAUUUUUGAUUCUCCUAUUUGUCCUCUUUCUCUCUCUCUCUCUUUCUUUUGUAGAUAAACACAUUAUAUUUCAUUAAAAAAAUUAAAAAACUGUCUUUUAAAAAAAAUUAAAGUCUGUCUUGAUAUAUAUACACACACAGAGAGAGAGAUUAUUUUUUGUUGCAUUUGAAUUUAGACUUUGACUCUUUGAAACU